AUGGACUCGGAAGACGUUGACGAUGGCGGGCGUAAAUUGUCUUUUGACAACUUGAAGAGUAGCAUCUGCAAGUGGAGGAAUAAGUCCUUUUGUGAUCCUUCUCUGGAUAAUGAAACCGCACUUAUCACGAAGAAUGUUGUCCUUCACUCGUACCUGACAAGGGAUCAGGAGAUUUUCUCUAUCGGCCGUCCACAACCGUAUUUGGCUCGUGAAGGAAUCUACCCAGGGCACGCUGUUACAGAUUUUUGUCCGAUUCGCAAGAGCGCUAUCGCCGAGCUAUGGAAAUUCAUGCUUCUCGAUAUUAUGGAGACUGAGUGUGAGUUUUGGCCUUCAAAGUGGGAGAAGGCCCGUGAAAGUCAACAGGAAUAUUUACGAAUCAUGCUCAAGGCAGAAGAAGCAGAGUAA